AUGGAUACAUCGCGAGAGCAAUCGCCCGUCGAUGAUGCCCGGGAAGAAAAAGCCCAUAUAUAUAGACACGAAGAGCCACCGCUUGAUGAGCAGCAGCAGCAGCAGUUGAGCAAACGACAACACCAACAUUUGCUAGAGAUGCAACAUGGAAAGCAGCAGCAAGACCACCAAAAACGAGUACUUACAGCUAUGCCACAUUUUGUGGUCGAGGAAGAAACGCAAGGUGUUACUUCGGCUUCUGCUUCAGAUGUUGCUUACGAGGCUGAUGUCGAUGAUGUCGAUAUGUCAAGUGUUACUGAUAAUCACAAGCAUGCCAGAGGGGCGGCCGAAGCUACAAUGCAGGCGACAGAGGCAGCAUUGAGCACGCUGCAGCCGCGCCAAACCGAACGUCAACAUAUUUAUGAGCUUUUUCAACCUUGGGCAUUGAAGAAUUACGGCGAUCAAGCGAAGACCAAAACCAUUACUUUACGUAAGAAAACGCGCAUCUUGAAGGCGUUGGAGGGUAAGGAGCACAGUCGACCGGACAGUUCGAAGUUUCGUUUCUGGGUGAAAACUAAAGCUUUUACCACCAAACGUCCGGCUGACUUCGAAGAAGCUGCUGGUGGUCAUCGGGAAUUAGAACCACUCCCUCCAAACGCUGUGCUCUCGGAUAAUCCCAGUCUAGUCGAUUUGUUUGUAGCCUCAACCACAAAGGAUCUGGGUAAACGCACCUAUCGCAAGGUAGCCGUUGUAGAGGAAUUCUUCGAUAUUAUAUACAACGUGCAUAUGGAAUUGGGAGGACGCAGUGGCAUGCACGCUGGACAGAAGCGCACAUAUCGCAUAAUCACCGAAACGUAUGCUUUCUUGCCGCGCGAGGCUGUCACUCGCUUCCUAUCCAUAUGUCCGGAGUGUAAGAAGAAUUUACGCGCAACUUCACCGGACAUUCACACCAUCCACCCGCUCGAGGAGGGUGGCAACGAAAGCUCAUCGGAAGUGGAGGGACUCAACUACUCUUCGCAUACAGAAAGCUCUAUGGAAGCAGGACCUACAAAAGCUGGUCUCACAACAGCAUCGAGUAUCGCAGUAACCAGCACAAGCCACGCAUUGAAAGCUUCUACAGCUAGCACCGUUGCGAUGCCUAUGAAGCGUCGCUAUUCUCAGCUAGAUGAAGCUACAGAUUUUACUAAAUUUACGCCAGCGUCGCAAUCGAUUGCACGCGCUUUGCUAACGGCGCCGGCACGGCAGCGUACUGCUCCACCAACGUCACUUCCCCGAUCCAGCUCAACAGACGUAGCUGUGGCCGUUGCUCCACCAACUAUCACCAUCGAUUUGGUGUCCGAGUCCACUUCACCUUUGCCGUCGCCAUUACCGAUAGUCGCCAAACCGAAAAUACGUAUAAAUCCGCAGCUGCAGCGCCCAUUGACUCCGCCUCCUCCGGUGUGCGCACCAUCAGCCUCACCGCUGGUGGUGCGUGAACCGGUUACGCAUGCGCCGCCUUCUUUGUUCGGCUAUCAUCCCCUUGGUUUCGAUAUGAAUUUCUUAAAGACACACGAGAGCUUCUUUCGUUAUUACGAAAUGAUGCGUCGUUUCUAUGCCGGCGGCUUUCCUAUGCCAUCGGCGUCACUGGCCGCUGAGUUUAGUGACGCUGAAAUGAUAGCCAUGCAGCGUGCGGUAGCUUCAGCGGGUGUCGGUUCAUUGACGGCAGGUGGUAGCGGUGCAACAGCCACUGGUUAUGCAAAACCGUCUUCGGCUAAACAGGAGCGUGCACCAACUGGCCCACUCUCGGCCGUUCGCACUGAGGAGCGCGUUGAAAGUGCAGAGCCGUUCGUGAAGAAGUUCAAAAGCUCACCAGAAAGUGAGAAAAGUUUCAGAACGCGCACUUACACUACUGAGCGUACGACUUGUGAAGUAGCUCAGUUAGAGCCGCAGCACGCUUCAGCUUCCCACAUCGCUACCACCACCACUACGGCUGCUGCUGCGUCUGCUGUUGAGCUGGAAAUGGGUGUUGAAGAGGCUACGCUGCCUCUGUCAAAUUCACCACCUCCCACACAGCAUAGUGCAAUUAAUCUUUCAACAUCUUCUACUUACAGGUCUACGCGCACGAAUGGUUCAUCAACAUCCCAUGCCAAAUCUCUAGCCACAUUGACACCGUUAAUCAUACCAACAACACCACUAACGUUAUCAUCGUCAGAGCUCUCACAACUUAUCACAUCCACACCCACUGUUCGCUCUGCGCUCAAAAGCAGUUUGUCAUCGGCGCUCUCAUUUAAGUCCACGGCCGAAGUGAAAGCUUCUUCAUCGAAGUUUGCAACAUCGGCUGGUAUUGGCACGGAUAAUCGGCCAACUACUGCAGCGCGCUUGCCGCCCUUGGAUUUGGAACGCUUGAAACCGAUCACUUCGACAUAUUUGCAAUUGACCCGCAGCAUGGGUUUGAGCGACGAGGAUGCAUUGCGCUUUGACAACUUGGUGAGUAAAGAUUUCAACUAUACACUUUGA